GCAUGUAAAAGAAACACCGCUCAGACAAAAUGACCAGAUGACUAAGAGGUGAAACAAACUGAUCAGAGAUCAACACUAUGUGAGACCAGAAUACUAAAACACAAUUCAAAAGGAUUUUUUAUUUAUUUAUGUUUUUUUUUGGAUAUCUUAUGGGAGUCCAUGAAGAGUGGAAUUAAAGUGAACAACUCUAAAACACUCUCCUGGUUUUAGAUAAAACUCAUGGAGGGACAGGAUACGCUGACCAUGGAGAACACCUCCCUGCACAUGAACAUUUCAGCCAUGCUAAAUGAUUCCUCUCUGGUGUCCUUGUCUGCCUUGGAGUACAGCGAUGCAGAGGUGUUCUUAAUUAGCAUCUUAAUGGUGCUUCUGAUUGUAGGCAUUGUCUUCGGCAAUGUGCUGGUCAUCAGUGCUAUUGUAAAAUUCCAGCGUUUGCAGACAGUCACCAACUACUUCAUCAGCUCCUUGGCCUGCGCAGAUCUGGUCAUGGGCCUCAUGGUAGUGCCAUUUGGAGCAUGUUACAUCCUCCUGAACACGUGGCACUUCGGAAAAUUCUUCUGCGAGUUUUGGACAGCUACGGAUGUGUUGUGUGUGACUGCUAGCAUCGAGACGUUGUGUGUAAUUGCCCUGGACCGGUAUGUGGCAAUCAUGUGGCCUCUGCGCUAUCAGUCGAUGCUUACGAAGCGGAAGGCCUGUGGGGUACUCCUAGGGGUGUGGGCAGUGGCCGCCCUUAUCUCUUUCCUGCCCAUCCACAUGGAGUGGUGGGUGUCAGAUGAACCUGAGGCAUUGAGCUGCUUGGAGAACCCAACAUGUUGUGACUUCAACACUAACACCGCCUAUGCAGUGACCUCCUCCAUUAUCUCCUUCUACAUCCCGUUGGUCAUAAUGGCAUUUGUGUACAGCCGGGUCUUCCUGGAGGCCCGCAGACAGCUUCAGAAAAUCGACAGCAUCGAAGGGCACAUACGCACACAGAGCUUCAGCACCCUGGAGGGAAACGAGGUAAAGAACCGGAGAACCAAGUUCUGCAUGAAGGACCACAAAGCUUUGAAGACCUUGGGAAUCAUCAUGGGAACCUUUACCAUCUGCUGGCUCCCGUUUUUUGUGCUUAAUGUGUUGGCAGCCAUCUGGAAGAUGGACAACAUCAUUUUGCCCUUCAGGAUCUUGAACUGGAUCGGCUACGCCAACUCCGCCUUUAACCCCCUAAUCUACUGCAGGAGUCCUGAGUUCAGAUGUGCCUUUCAGGAGAUCCUGUGCUGGAGAACUUCUCAACUUCCUUCCACAAAGAAUAACAAGGGAUAUAACUACAGCAGCCACAACUGGCAAGUCCACAUGAAGACCACCAGACAACGGGAGCCUUCACCAGCUUGUGAAACAGAAAUGGGUGCUGACUGUGUGACUGCAGGUAUCAAAAACAGUGUAAUAAAGCUGUGACAUCCAACAUUUGAGACCUUAACAUUUAUAGUCGUUUUACAUAAUUUUAAAGCUGCCUUUGUCUGUGACAAAACAUGGUUUUUAGAUGCUUUAGCCUUUGAACCAGGAAGGUUAUUGACCGAGUCAGAAUUAAUGGAAUUGAACUGACUUCUGUUUCUGAAUAAAUAAGAAAAUGUGUGCAAGAAAUCCAGAACAUACUUUGAAAGCCUAGACAGUCUACCUCUGAAUUACUACCUUGGGACAGUUUUCAUGUCUGAAAUCUGUAUGGAUAGUUAAUUCAUAAUUUAUCAAAAACAAAAAAAGCCUCAACUUAAAAACUGAGUCUAGAUUUUUACAGUAAAAUGUGGAUUACAUAUCUUAAAGAGUUUCAGAGGGUCUUGUACAAGACAGACUUGUUACAUUCCAUUAAGAGCUUUGGCUUGCUGAAAGCCAGGGUCUUCGGUAUCUCUGAGCACUCCUCCAGAGAGAGGAAAUAUAACCUUCUGAUGAGGGACAACAGGUGCACAUUGCUGUCUGUGCUAUAACCAGCUGUUCUUGUUGAAAGGAAAAUAGCAAGAGCUAUGCAGUUCUCUCCAACCACUGCACUUCAACCUUACCCUGUUAACCACUAGAAAACCAUUUUAAGGUUACAGCUGAAGCUUUAUCUGUAAAGGUUCAUGUUUAUAUAAGUAUGCAAGUCUACAUUCACAGGCUGGGUGGCACAAUAAUGAUGGUGUCUUUAACACGUCACUUUUUGCACUUAUUGCUAAACACGAUUUCACAAUUUGAAUGCUGAGUAUGUAAAUCUUAACAAAAUGACAGCACAAAAUACCAGCACCUUAAUUUCAGGAAUAUAGCUUCUGGCAUCUAAUUUAUGGGGGUAGGUUUCCAUAAGAGUUUUUUUUUUUUUUUUUUAACUGAACAGUCACUUUAAAAUUGACCUCAUAAUGCUCUGUCAGUUGCUUAUUUUUAUAUGUUUUGUUUUAUAUAAUAGCCAGGGCAAUGCACUUUAUUAUGAUAGAUAGAUUGCUGGAAAAUCUGACAUUACAAAACAGUGACAAAUGUAUGCUUACAAGCUGGCCCACUGCUGAUGUCACUGACAUGUUCGCUCACAAACACAGCCCCCUUCCUAUGUAUGUGUGUACAUAUUUACCAAUGUAUGUCAUGGGCAGUUGAGAAAGACAUAUUAGACAGCUUAUGUGUCUAUACAGACCUUAGUCAUGGUAGUGUCAUAUUUACUUUUUGACAGGAAUAAAAACAAGGCUUGGAGAAUUGUAAAAUAACUGUAGUGUCUUUUAGUAACUAAUGCUUUUUUCAGCUGAGAAACUCUACACUUUGUUUUUUGGUAUCCCUCUUACAGUGUAAUUAUACAAUUAAGAACAGAUACAUUUUAAUAAUGUACUUACUAUAGGGUUGCAUUUAAAAUCAGGAUUUGGUUUAUGGUAAGUUGCAUGUAAUUAUGCAAAAUUUACUGUUAUCAUUAUAGUAAACACAGUAAAUAUAGUAAAGUGUAAUCAAAACUUUCAGUAGACAAAAACUUUGUAAAACAGUUUUGAAGGUUGUGAGGUUUGAAAAUUCUGAUCUAUAUGAUCUAGAACCUUUCGUACCGUACAUGCUAUUGUGCUAUGGACUAUCCUUAGUUUAUCCUUACAGCCUCAUUUUCAUUCACAUAAAAUUAAUGUGGUGUCUACGCUGUUUAGUUUGAAAUACUUAGAAAAUGUGUGUGUGUGUGUGUGUGUGUACCUGGUACUCCCUACAUUGUGGACCAAAUGUCCCCACAAAGGUAGUAAUCCUAAUACAUUUUGACCUUGUUGGGACUACAUCUUACAGAAUGAAGUUUUAUGAAAAUCUAAAAUAGCUUUUUUGUGUAAGGGGUAUAUGAACAGAAAUGUGAAUCACUUUCAUUACAUAAAGCAUUUAGGGUGCUAUGUUGUGGGUACUGUAUUAAUAAAUAUGUCAUGCUUCAUGUGUCAGUAACUGAAGUAUUUACCACACUGAUGGACAAAAACAGUAAGUGAAUAUAGAAUAAUGUGUUACUGUGUUUUGACUGCACAUUUCUGAAAUUGUAUUUACUUUGUUUGUUUCAUUCCAUGAAAAAGAUUUUGUUUGCCAAGUUGUUUUAUCUAUGCUAGUUUUACCACAAAAAUGUUUUGU